GGGAGGGAGGCGGCGGUAGCGGCGGCCAGAGUCCGGUGGGGAGCCUCCCGGCAGCGGCGCCCGAGCAGCGGGGACGGGACGCAGUCCGCCCGCCCACCCCCCCCUCCCCGGAGCCCCUCGGCGGCGCCGGAGCCAGCGGCGGGAGCGGGAGCGGCGGGGAGGAUGCCGUCGGUGAGCCUGCCGCCCAAGGAGAACGCGCUCUUCAAGCGCAUCCUGAGGUGUUACGAACAUAAGCAGUAUAGAAAUGGUCUGAAGUUCUGUAAACAGAUCCUUUCUAACCCAAAGUUUGCGGAACAUGGAGAGACCUUGGCAAUGAAAGGACUAACAUUGAACUGUCUAGGGAAGAAAGAGGAAGCUUAUGAACUUGUGCGUAGAGGCCUAAGGAAUGACUUGAAGAGCCAUGUCUGUUGGCAUGUCUAUGGCCUUCUUCAGAGGUCAGACAAGAAGUAUGACGAAGCUAUCAAAUGCUAUAGGAAUGCACUGAAAUGGGACAAAGACAAUCUUCAAAUCUUGAGAGAUCUUUCUCUGCUGCAGAUUCAAAUGAGGGAUCUUGAAGGUUACAGGGAAACAAGAUACCAGUUGCUUCAGCUUCGACCUGCACAGCGAGCAUCAUGGAUUGGUUAUGCUAUUGCUUACCAUCUGCUGGAAGACUAUGAAAUGGCAGCAAAAAUUUUAGAGGAAUUUAGGAAGACACAGCAGACAUCACCUGAUAAAGUGGACUAUGAGUACAGUGAACUGCUGCUGUAUCAAAAUCAAGUCCUCCGGGAGGCAGGACUAUAUAAAGAAGCCUUGGAGCAUCUUUGUACUUAUGAAAAGCAGAUCUGUGAUAAACUGGCUGUCGAAGAAACUAAAGGAGAACUCCUGCUUCAGCUUGGCAGACUUGAAGAAGCAGUUGAAGUCUACAAAGGACUGCAAGAAAGGAAUCCUGAAAACUGGGCCUACUACAAGGGCUUAGAAAAGGCACUUAAACCAGCUAAUAUGAUGGAAAGGCUAAAGAUCUAUGAAGAGGCCUGGACUAAAUACCCAAGGGGACUAGUUCCAAGAAGAUUACCAUUAAACUUUUUGUCGGGUGAAAAGUUUAAGGAAUGUCUGGACAAGUUUCUAAGGAUGAAUUUCAGCAAAGGUUGCCCACCAGUCUUCAAUACUUUGAGGUCCUUAUAUAAAGACAAGGAGAAGGUGGCAAUCAUAGAAGAGCUCGUGAUAGGUUAUGAAACCUCUCUAAGAAGCUGCAGGUUAUUUAACCCAAAUGAUGAUGGUAAAGAAGAACCUCCAACCACUUUACUCUGGGUCCAGUAUUACUUGGCUCAACAUUAUGAUAAAAUUGGACAGCCAUCCCUGGCUCUAGAAUAUAUAAAUGCUGCUAUAGAAAGUACUCCCACUUUGAUAGAACUGUUCCUUGUGAAGGCAAAAAUCUAUAAGCAUGCUGGAAAUAUUAAAGAAGCUGCAAGGUGGAUGGAUGAGGCUCAGGCUUUGGACACAGCAGACAGAUUUAUCAACUCCAAAUGUGCAAAAUAUAUGUUGAAAGCAAAUUCCAUUAAAGAAGCAGAAGAAAUGUGCUCUAAGUUUACGAGGGAAGGAACCUCGGCAGUAGAGAACUUGAAUGAAAUGCAGUGCAUGUGGUUUCAGACAGAAUGUGCGCAAGCUUACAAAGCAAUGAACAAAUUUGGAGAAGCACUUAAGAAAUGCCAUGAAAUUGAAAGACAUUUUGUAGAAAUCACGGAUGACCAGUUUGACUUUCACACUUACUGUAUGAGGAAGAUUACCCUUAGGUCUUAUGUGGACUUGUUAAAACUAGAAGAUGUACUUCGACAGCAUCCGUUCUACUUCAAAGCAGCACGAAUUGCCAUAGAGAUAUAUUUGAAACUUCACGAUAAUCCCUUAACAGAUGAAAAUAAGGAACACGAGGCUGAUACAGCAAAUAUGUCUGACAAGGAGCUAAAGAAGCUACGAAAUAAGCAGAGAAGAGCGCAAAAGAAAGCACAGCUGGAGGAGGAGAAGAAGAAUGCUGAGAAAGAGAAGCAACAGAGGAAUCAGAAAAAGAAGAAAGAUGAUGAUGAUGAAGAAAUCGGAGGACCGAAAGAAGAACUUAUCCCUGAGAAGUUGGCAAAGGUAGAAGCACCUUUGGAAGAAGCCAUUAAAUUUUUAACACCCCUGAAGAAUUUAGUGAAAAAUAAAAUAGAGACGCAUCUUUUUGCCUUUGAGAUUUAUUUUCGAAAAGAGAAGUUCCUUCUGAUGCUUCAGUCUGUGAAGAGAGCCUUUGCUAUUGAUUCUAGUCAUCCUUGGCUUCAUGAGUGUAUGAUUCACCUCUUCAGCAGUGUAUCUGAAAGUAAGGAUCUGCCUGAUGCGGUUAGAACAGUGUUAAACCAAGAAAUGAAUCGGCUUUUUGGAGCAACUAAUCCAAAGAACUUCAAUGAAGCUUUCCUUAAAAAGAACUAUGACUCAUUACCACAUAGGUUAUCAGCUGCCAAAAUGAUGUACUAUUUAGAUCCUUCCAGUCAGAAAAGGGCAGUGGAGCUGGCGAUGACCCUGGAUGAAUCCCUCAUGAACAGAAAUCUUCAGACUUGUAUGGAGGUAUUAGAAGCUUUAUGUGACGGUAGCCUUGGAGACUGUAAAGAAGCAUCUGAAACUUACAGAGCAAAUUGUCAUAAGCUUUUCCCUUAUGCUUUGGCUUUCAUGCCCCCUGGAUAUGAAGAGGAUAUGAAGAUCACAGUUAAUGGAGAUAGUUCUGCAGAGCCUGAAGAACUGGCCAAUGAAAUAUGAACAACUUUAUUGGAAAAAAAUGACAUUGGACCAUAUCUGGUGUAUAAUAUUUUUGUCACGCACCUGCUGAAUUGCUCUAACUUACACAGAGAACAGAAGGAAAAAAAAUGUUGCCUUCAAAUAGUUUUACUUUUUUUUUUAUCCUGCUGACAAAGUAUAUAUAUAAAAUAUCUAACAUAUUACUGGAUAUAGGUUGUUCGGUUUCUUAAAAAUUAAAAGCUGCUAAAAUUGAAGAAAAAACCCCCUUCUCCUUACCUACCUACCCAUGUUUUUAAACUAAUUUAUAUAAAAUCUGGAGGCGUAUAGCCCUCGGAGCAGGUGUGUGGCAGAAAUAUUACUUUAAAUUUGUCUUGUGAGAUUACUGUUAUCUCAGACAGCAAAAAUGCUGUUUUAGCACUGGAUUCUUUCACUGAGCACAAAGAGUUGAUGGGGCUUUAGCAUCUGACUGAUUUUGAUACGGGGAUGAUUCUGUCCAUAGGAAGUAUGCAAUGUGAAUCAGAAUAUACAGAGAAGCCCGCAACAUACGCGCUAUGUUGUGGAUGCUGGGACAUACGGAUAUCAAGCAGAAUUAAGAAACAUAGUGUGUUCAAUAAGCUUGUUGUGUCUCUGAAACUCACUGUACACGAUCAGUUUGGUGUUCUUGCACCACAGUUUUUAACUGAAGGAACCAGUUAAAACUCUCUCUCUUUGAAUUGAACUCGGGGGGUGGGGGGGGAGAAUCAACAUUGCUGUUCUUGAGAUGAACCUAUCGGCGUAGGUUGGCCAAACUUUUUAAAACUGUAAUGCAAGAACCAAAUAAAAUUAUGCACUGUGAUGUGGCACCAACUAAUAGGAAAGAUAGCAUGCAUUUUUCACAUAGAAUGAAACAAAAUGAGGACAUACUAUGGCUUGAAGUUGCAAAGAGGAGAACUCCUGACUACCAUUUUGACUGAUCAAGAGACUAAUAGUUUAAAACCUCAGCAGGCCUUGUUCACGUUAUGCAGAAAAAAAAAAAAAGUGCUGCAGUUUAGAUACCUCUGGAACUUUUCCACAGUGUCACAGGUUUGUAAUACUUGAAGCCCUACAUUUCUAAGAAUAUAUUUCUUGCUCAGUUGUUUCAGGCAAGCCCAAGACUUUGUAACUUUUAAGGGGCCCAAGAUUUUUUUUCAAUAACAGACCAGCUUCUUAUUCCUGCAGUUACAGAUGUAAUUUCCUUUGUCAAACAUAAGGUACCAAAUAUAAUGCAAUAAAAUGUUUUGAAAAACAAUUGUGUGAAUAUUUAAACCAAUCUCUGUUGUACUUUGAAAAUGAAUGGGUUCACUACAGUGCAGCUCAGGGUUGGCUUACUGUGCUGUCCAGUUACGCUAAUAAUGUCACUGCUGAUGGGUGGUAGCUGAGUAUAAAGUGCAAAUGCAUUAUAUGUAAAUACUGAAUGUCUGGGAAGUCCUAUAACACAGAAUGCUUUACUACUUGGCUUUUAAGUUCCACCAAUGUUACGUUGAAUUUUAUUUUCAAAGUCAAGCUUCAGUCUACGAGUCUACUGUGUUAAUAAUAUCGAUAAGCGCUCAAAUUUUUUUUUAAUAGGCUCAUCAUAUAAAACAGAGGAGAAAAUAAACUACAGCUUCUAAAGUGAGUGCCUUCUUUGCUGCAGAAGUUCAGUUACAGAGUAUCCAUCGUGUGGAUACCCAGCCUUCCUCUUCCACGUCAUGGAAUUCAGUGAUUGACACAUACAGUUAAGAAAUCCAGGAAGACUUAUUGGGGUUUGUAGUUUUCUAACUGUCAGAAGGACAGGAUUUUUGUUUCUUGUAUAUUCAGCCCCACUUUUUUCAUGGUUAGACUAUCCUUGUGUAUGUUUGCAGUGUAGUUCAUGUCAGAAAUGUAGGUUGUAUGGCAAUAUUUGUAUAUUUAAUCUGCUGGGCUUUUAGGGACUACUAGAAUACCUAUAGAGCCUUUAAUUGACUCUGGUAUUUAUGUCUAGAUCUCAGUCUUUUCUGCAGCCUGAGAUACCUGGACUGCAUGUCUGCUGCAACUACUGAAGAUGGUCCAAUCUUGCCUACACAAGCUAUGAGCUUUUGGCCUUGCCUCUGAGUAUUGCUGCCGUUUUCUUGGCUUCUGAUGCUUAGCUGGAGGCAGAUGAGUGCUCACUCUUUUUAACAGAUUGUGAAUUGCAUCAAGCAAUUUUUUUUCCCAAAUUUUGUUUUUUGGGUGCUGCCUAUAAAUAGGAUUAUUUCCUUUACUUUUUCACUGCCUGUUUGUGUUUGUGUUGAAAUAGAUGAACUAAGAGCAAGAGGUUACUUGUUAUCUUUCAUUAUGCAAGUGGGAAAGGAUAUUUCUGUGGGCCUUCCAGAAGCCUCCAUCUACGCAUCCAUUGUGAUUUCCCCAAAGGCAUUUCUUCAUAACCUUGCUGAAGGGCGCCCGUAGUGCUUCAGAGAUUAUGCUUUUGGAUUAAAGAGGUUCCUCAUCCCAUUCCAGAAGACCAAGUCCCAGGAAAUGAAACUCAAGUCAAGAGUUUACUUGCAGAAGAAGGUUCUUUAACUGGCAAAGGAAUUGCUAUUCCUUCAUCUUUCAAUCUCUCAUGUUAAAUGCAAUGCUAACUUCCAAGGAAGAGUUUUUAAGAGGUGGAAAUGAAGUCAAUCCAAUGCAAUGAGUCUUGCGAAGCAGUAGUAGUAGUAGUAUUACAGAGUGUCAUGCUACAGUGAAAACUUGGCUUUGCAUGCUGAGAUCCAAAAUCGUAAUCACGGGUACUUGGCUGCAGAAGCAGGUGAGCAGGGAUUGCGGUCAUGGCCAGAGUGACCCGGAACGUUGGCUUGCUAAUGACAUGAUGUGUUUUGAUUCGUCAUGUUUUUCGCUGGAGAAAUGUUUUCACCAUCAGUGGAGCCACUGGUCAUGAGAUACGCCAUGGAUAUCUUUCCUGGGGACAAAAGUCAAACCCGAUUUUUUUCCCUGAUGGAGACUGUAGAUGGUGCAAAUGCACGUUGCAUGAAGCAAUGCCAGAGUCAGAACUGGACUGAAAUUGUAAGUAACUGAAAGUGGUUGUUUGCCCCGAGAUAGGCGAUGUUCUCACUUUUUCCAUUUGGAGACCAGAGCAUUCAGAUAUGUGGUAUGUGUGAACAAACAGGUAAAAUAGUCUCAAAACUAUCUAGUCAGUAACUCGCAUUUUUUCUUUGCAUCUUAAAUGCCUUAAAAGCUCCUAUAUUCUUCUACAGUUACGGUUUUUUUCAGUAGAGGUCUUAAUGCUUCCAUGUUCAUAGGGGAGGAAUCAUAUCCUGAUGUGUGGUGUGUCAGCCAUAAUACAGAAGAAAAUUUGUCGCUCAAUUUUCCUCCUAGUGAGGAAGAAGAAAAUUCCAGUUUUCCAGGGAGCUAUCUAGGGCUAGAUGAGGUACAUACAGUUAGCCUAUUAAAUCUUCCUGUAGUGUUUGCUUUGGUUUGUUUUUCCAGGUCUGGAGGUGCUCCGGCUCUACAGUAGACCCUGGAAGUUGGUGUAGCACCUUACUCUUCAGCCAGAUUGAAUUGUCAAAGCUCAUAGACAGGAAACGCCAAUGAGAGUAGGGUGAGAUCAGGCCUGAGAAACCAGAGGUGCAAAUACAAUUUCGGUAUCACGUGAGCAAGUUAAAGUAAGAAAACUUAAGAUCUUUGUCUAACAUGAUGCCUUUGAGAGUUUGAGCGAUGGUGCCAUCAUUCCUGCAGUGCUAGCGUCCCAUACGCCGCAGUUGUGCUUUGAAUGUGUGCCACUAAUUCUAACAAAAACCACUUGAUACAAUAAUCCAGCUCUAUACCUGAAUUAAAAUGAUUUUAUUUUUCCCUUUUAAUGAUUGCUUUAAAUGUUUUUUGUGUUUAAAUUGCUUUAAAUGUUUGAGUGUUCUGUACUGGGUAGCUAGCUAGCUUUGAAUCUUUCCCCUGUCUUUCCCCCUAAAAAAGUUUGCUCUAAAAAUGCAGUUGGUAUCUAAGUGGUAAUGUAAAAUAGCUCGAACUAUGUGGAUAUAAGAGUUACGCUUGUCUGAUAACAUACUGCUUUGAGAUCCUGUGGAGGAAAACCAUGCAAAUGUAGUACAGUUACAAUUAGACAGUAAUAUCAGUAAGGCAUUGAGCAGUCUAUAAGCUCAUUAAUGAAAGUUAACGUUCCAGACAGAGGAAGAUAGUUGCUGAGCUUGGGGAAAGGCUCUUGCUUCCAGGAGUAUUCAGGUUGUGAACUGUUCCUGGAUGUGGUAAGGAGCAAAGGGUGGUCAUGUUGUAAUGAUUGUUAUUUCCUGGAAAUUAAAGCUGCAGUCUACAAACACCAGUUUUAAUGCCUCUUUCAGGCAGAGACUCUUCUUCCCAGGAGCAUACGGCCAGCAGUGAGAAUGGCAAGGAGCAACUGAUAGAGCCAGCUCAGCAAAAGGAGGCUGAAGUGAGUUAUAAGGAGGUGGCAUAGUAGAAAUUCCAUUUUUAGAUUAAGUAUAAAAUAGCAGGGUUUUAUUACUAGAAAGAUUACUGAAGCUGUAAAUACUGUAAAUGCAGUCUUCCCAUGCUGAGGAAGCUGUAAAAUAUGUAUUACUUCUACAACGGUACAAGCAAAUAGUAGUAUGUUCACAAAGAUUCUAGCUUUGUAUGUUGGUCUUCAAGUAAAUCGUGGCAGAAAACUCAAGAGGACAAAGAUUGUCCAGUUUACAAGGGACCAUAUCAAAGGGUUUGUAAGAAUAUUGCAAGAGAAAUAUUACUAUGAAAUCCAAAGCAUCUUAGAAUAGCUUUCCUAAGAUGUUAGUUGUUUUAAUUGAAAAUGUUACAUCUGCUAACUGUUUAUAACAGAAGUCAAGAAGUACUUUUACGAAAUAUUUCUGCCUGGCACUGCCCAUUCAAUAUCUACCUCUACUAGUCCUAGUCUAAUUCAGCUACAGCAUAAUUUUAGCCAUUUAGCAUCUAACGUAGGAAAAAGUGUCAUUUACCUGGUUGGUGAACAAAUGUAUGAUGAUGGAUAAUGUUUAGUUUUGAACUGUAAUGCAAUAAACCACGAACUUAGUGAAAGUCCUGUUGUUGGUUCAGUGCAGCAGCAUAUUUAUUGCUUCAUUGCUGAUCCGUUCAAAAAAAUCUUAAUUAUAAACUCCACAAAGUUACUUGCAAUUGUACUGGGAUUUGCUUUCCCUUCCAGCCUUCCUAACUGGUUAACAAUGUUGUACUGUGUUUUUACGCUCUUCUCUGGUGGUAGCAAAUAUCAAAACUGGCAGGAAGUCAAUCAAAGAAUAAAAAUGCUGAGUUCUGUUUGUA